GUAGAAGUACACUUAGGCUGCUGUUUAUUUUCUCUGUGCGCGACCCGGAAGCAGCUUAUCCAAUGAAACAAGCAUGGCGCGGUACAUGGAGAACAACGAUGCUGAGGAUUUUCCCGACCUGUCGGAUAGUGAUGACGACCAGUGGCAGUCGAUGGAGGAGAGUCCUGACAGCAACCUGAAAGUUUUAUGUUUAUUUUGUGACAGGUGGUUAAAUUCUGUUGACGACACGCUCUCGCACUGUAAAUCCGAACAUGAGGUGGACGUGGCCAGUUUGUUGAGGAUAUACAAAUUGGAUGACUAUGGAUACAUCAAGCUUAUAAACUACAUACGGACUGUGAAAUGCAGCGGAGAGAGCCUCUUCAUUGCCCAAGAAGGAGCUCUACCCUGGGAGAGUGAUGAUUAUAUGAGACCAUCACUUCAAGAUGAUCCACUGCUUCAGAUCGACAUAGAGGAUCUGUGUGGGGCAGAGGGGCCGGGCCCCUGUAGAGAGCAGGAUGGGGGCCCCCAGUCCUCCAGCGCUCUGAUGCAGAGGGCCCAGCGGGCCGAGGAGAGGGCCCAGCGGGCUGAGGAGGCCCUGGCUCGGGCGAUGGAGGACCUGCACCGGCUAAAGCAGCUCGCUCAGGGCCUGGUGCUGAACGCUGACGUGAGCGUGGGCGGGGCCGUGGCGGACCUGCGGGAGGAUGAGGACGAGGCCUACUUCAGCUCCUACGGCCACUACGCCAUCCACGAGGAGAUGCUGAAGGACAAGGUGCGCACGGAGAGCUACAGGGAUUUUGCGUACCUGAACCCGGACGUGUUCAGGGGCAAGGUGGUGCUGGACGUGGGCUGUGGGACAGGCAUCCUCUCCAUGUUUGCAGCCCGGAGCGGGGCCCGGAAGGUCAUCGCCGUGGACCAGUCGGACAUCGUCUAUCAGGCCAUGGACAUUGUUCGAUCAAACAACCUUCAGGAGGUGAUUACUCUGAUCAAAGGAAGGAUUGAAGACGUGGAUCUACCUGUGGAAAAAGUGGAUGUCAUUAUUUCAGAAUGGAUGGGUUACUUCCUGCUGUUUGAGUCUAUGUUGGACUCUGUGCUUUACGCAAGGGAUCGUUACCUGGCUGAUGGUGGAUCAGUGUACCCCGACUCCUGCUCCCUCAGUCUGGCUGCCGUGGGCGACGAGCGCAGGCACCGCGAGCGCAUUGCAUUCUGGGACGACGUGUACGGAUUCGGCAUGGCCUGCAUGAAGAGGGCGGUGGUGCCGGAGGCGGCCGUGGAGGUGCUGGACUCGGGAACGCUGAUCUCCGAUCCCGCCGUCGUCAGGACCAUUGACUGCAACGCGGUUUGCGUGUCGGAGUUGGAGUUUGAAACGGACUUCUGCUUAAAGAUUACCCACAACACUCUGUGCACAGCUAUCGUGGGUUACUUUGACAUAUUCUUUGACAAGAACUGCGAGAACAAGGUGACGUUCUCCACCGGGCCGCAGUGCACCAAGACCCACUGGAAACAGACCGUCUUCCUCCUGGAGAACCCCAUUCCCGUUCAGACAGGCGAGGAGUUGAACGGGAGGAUAGCGGUGCGCAAGAACCGGAAGGACCCCAGGGCCCUGCUCGUCUCGCUCAGCGUCAGAGAUGUCAAACAGACAUACAGCCUGCAGUGAAGCAUUUCCUCAUUCCACACGCAUUUUAUACUCCAAACGCACCUGGGGUUUUUUUUUUACGCGGAAGCCAUCGGUAUAUCACCUGACGGUUUAUCUACGCGCAGUAAAUCGAGCGAACGGUUCGGAUCGGCUGCUUUCCAAUCGAGCCUGAUUCAAAGCAGACUGAACACCUUUGUUAGUGCCGCAUCUCGCCGUGAGCGUCGACAGUCUUCCAUCCCGCGCUCAGUGUUACAGGCGGGUAGCCCCCGAGCUGAGACGCUCUCUUGCUGUGUAAUGGUGUUCCUGGAAAUAAAUGAAUCUUGAACAAC